GUGUCAGUGAUGGAGGGACAUUCUGUUACUCUACACACUCAUACUGAACUACACACACAUGAUGUGAUCGAGUGGAUGUUUGGUGUUCAGAGUCCAGAUGAGAUUAUAGCUGAAUUAUACAGAGAAGUCAAUAUGACAUCAUUUAUUAAUGAGAGAUUGAAGAAUCAUGUAGAGAUAGAUGCUCAGACUGGAUCUCUCAUCAUCACAAACAUCACAACUCAACACACUGGACUUUAUAAAGCUGAGAUCAGCAGAAAACCUUCUGUCCUCAUCAGACACUUCAGUCUGACUGUCUAUGCUGGUCUGCCUGUUCCCGUCAUCUCCAGAGUCUCUUCUCAAUGUUCUUCAUCAUCUUCAUCAUCAUGUUGUUGUGUGUUGUGUUCAGUGGUGAAUGUGUCACAUGAUGUGAGCGUCUCCUGGUACAAAGGAAAGAGUUUAUUGUCCAGCAUCAGUGUGUCUGAUCUCAACAUCAGACUCUCUCUACCUCUGGAGGUGGAAUAUCAGGACACAAACACAUACAGAUGUGUGGUCAACAAUCCCAUCACAAACCACACACAACAUCUACACAUCACUCAACUCUGUCACACGUCUGAAGUUUGUGUCGGGUGUUGUGGUUUUACCGAAGCUGUGAUCCGAUUGGUCGUGUCUGCUGUAGUGGGCGUGGCUACUGUUGCUUUUCUAGUUUAUGACGUCAGAUCCAGACGAGAAUCACCAUCGACCUCUGAUGAAUCAGCUCUAUGAUGUAUAUAUAUAUUGAUGUGUUUGAAUCAUGGAGAAUAAAUGUGACCGAGGUCUCAACAGAUCAGAUCAAAAUGGAACCUGCUGUGGUCUCAUCUCAUCUGUCGAGUGGAUACACUGCUUGUCUGGAGAUCGGUCUAUUGAAGACUAUGUUAAGGACGAGUUGGCUCACUUGAGGCAAUUUGAUGAGGUAUGCCUGAGGAUUUCUUUUUGAGGGGGGUAUCUGAGCCGCUCGGGUCGCUCAUGCCCUUGCAUGAUCCGUAUUUGGAGCAAUACUUUGAUCUUGCAUCACAACUGAGCGGCUCUGCAUUUACAGUGAGUGUUGUGCAGGGGGCACACGACACCCGUGCAAUAGCCAGCAAGCCAGAGACUCCAGCCAAGAUGGCCGCCAAGCCAGAGGCUGCGUCUGAAAUCCGUUUUUGGUAUAAGUGCCAGUACAUUAAUUUCUCGUGACUAAAUUGUGUUUUUAAUAUCAACGCUCAUGUGUAGGUUGUUGUUAAUGGGUCAAAGAGCAUACAGGUCACAUGACCAUAAAACAUGGCGGACGCAGUAUGUCCCAAAUGUAUUCAUACUACUCCCACUUAUACUAUAUAAAACUGUUUUAACAGUCGAUAGGUACUUAUUCAAAUUCAGUACGUACUGUCACAGUAUGCGAUUUUAGAUGCAGCCAGAGUCUCCAGCCAAGAUGGCCGCCAGCCCUGAGCCCAUUCGCAAGAUGGCCGCCAGUUCAGAGCCCGCUCGCAAGAUGGUCGCCUCUCCAGAGUUAACUGACAGGAUGAUGGUUUCAAGGCACAGGCAUCUGCUUUCUUACCUGGAGGAUACUCCUCUGGCGUCUGUGCGGGUGCACUGGUGUCUCUUAGGUCUCAAGCCCGGUGGUCUCAAGUCCGGUGGCCCUGGAGGUGUCUGUUCCUGAGGUCCUGUCCCUGGAGUCAGCUCUGCCGAUUGUGGUUGGAGCCUUGUGGUGUGUCUGGGCUGUGUAUUGCUCUUCCGCUCCAUAUGCCGCUGACAAGAUGGAUACUCUCGACUCUUCUGUGCCAAGUGCCUCAGUCAAGAUGGCCGCUCUGACUUCUCCUGCCACGCCCAGGCUUCCUGCUCUGCCGGCUCAAUACUCAAUACUU